CAACAGUGUUCUGACGACGGUGGUCUGACGGUAUUCCCAGGCCAUUCAGGAAAUUUGACCCUCCCGACCGGCUGUCAUGUGGGUAGGUCACUCGUGCCUGCAGGGUUGGAGGAGUUCAUUUUGCGGGGUCAAGCGCUGCUGCACACUCCGGUCUCAGCGUUUGUGCGCUUGCAGCUGUCUCUGCGCCUGUAUCCAAAAGUCCACAUAAAGUGGUAUGUUAUCGCGAGAGGCCCGUAUCGUGGUGAAGCAAUUAUCGUUGUCAGGCAGGGGAGUUCUGGCAAUCGGACAACGGGCUACACACAGCACCUCCUUUUCCACCAUCGCCUGCCUCAGCUGCUUCUGGUGAUCGCCCGGUCCAGUCAGCCCUCCAGACAGUAUCUCCGGCCUCCACUAUCGCACAUUCACUUGACGCAUAGUCGUGGCCAGGAGACCUUAGAAUCCGACUGUUUGGUGUCUCUUUGGCGAAACCGACUCGUCUUCGAGUCGUGUGUGAACACAUUUUCCACCGUGUCAAGUGUGUCCGAGUGCAAUAAGGUAGCCUCAUGUAUGCAUCUGCUCGGGGAUACUCUGUACAUAUGA